AGAAACCCACAGUAGAUGGCGCUAAUGUGAAAAUACAAGCUGGCAAUAAAGAAGAAGACUCUUCUGAGGUGAAGCGAGCAGUUCACGAUUAGCUCUCCCCACAAGAACCCUGCAGAAUGAAACGUGCUGAAGAACAAACAGAGCUGAUGGAAAAGAACGAGGAGAGUGAAGAACUGAGUGAAGUGGAGGAGGAACAUCAUGACAAACCUGGAGAAGAACCUUUAAGUCGCUCAAAGACCAAAAAGACAUUUUUAAAGAAAAGAAGAGCCAAGAAAUCUACAACCUGCACUCAGUGUGGAAAGAGUUUCAGAAGGAAAUAUAAUCUAGAGAUUCACAUGCGGAACCACACUGGAGAGAAACCGUUUACAUGCACUCAGUGUCGAAAGAGUUUCUUAACCAAACGUAAUCUUAAUGUUCACAUGAGAAUCCACACUGGAGAGAAGCCGUUCACAUGCGAUCAAUGCGGGCAGAGCUUCACACAAAAACCAGCCCUUAAUGUUCACAUGAGGAUCCACACUGGAGAGAAGCCGUUCAAAUGUGAUCAAUGUGGAAAACGUUUCACGAGAUCAAUAAACCUUAAAGUACACAUGAAUAUCCACACCGGAGAGAAGCUGUUCACCUGCACUCAGUGCGGAAAGAGUUUCACAAGGAAAUAUAAUCUAGAGAAUCACAUGAGGAUCCACACCGGAGAGAAGCCGUUCAGAUGUGAUCAGUGCAGAAAGAGUUUCUCAAGUAAACCAAAUUUUGACGUUCACCUAAAAGUUCAUACCGGAGAAAAGCCGUUUAUGUGUGAUCAUUGUGAAAAGAGAUUCUCAAACAAACAAAGUCUUCAUGUUCACUUGAGAGUUCAUACUGGAGAAAAACCAUUCACAUGUGAUCAGUGCGGGAAGAGCUUCAGACAAAAACCAGGUCUAAUGGAACACAUGAAGAUCCACACCGGAGAGAAACCGUAUGUAUGCGAACAAUGUGGAAACUAUUUCACAUCCAAACAUAGUCUUGAUGCUCACAUGAGAGUUCAUACUGGAGAGAAGCCGUUCAAGUGUGACCAGUGUGGGAAACGUUUCACGAGAUCAAGACACCUGAAAGAACACAUGAUGAUCCACAAUGGAGAAAAGCCAUUCACAUGUGAUCAGUGUGGAAAGAGUUUCAGACGCAAACACAGUCGUGAGAUUCACAUGAGAGUUCAUACCGGAGAGAAACCACAUGUAUGCCAUCAAUGUGGGAAGGGUUUCCUCCGAUCAGCACACCUUAAAUCACACAUGAAAAUCCACACUGGAGAGAAACAGUUCACAUGUGAUCACUGUGAAAAGAGAUUCUUACACAAACAAAAUCUUAAGAGACACAUGGGGAUCCACACCGGAGAGAAGCCGUUCACAUGUGAUCAGUGUGGCAAAACAUUUCUUAGGGCAUCAGUCCUGAAGGCACACCUGACAGUUCAUACGAAGGAGAAACCGCAUUCCUCAUCAU